AUGAAUAAAGGUUUAUCUUUAAUUUCUAUUUAAUAGGGGAUUCAUUACAUAACUUAGAGUAAUACAAUGAUACAAUUAUUUGCUAGGAUAAAGCAUUACUAUUAGAUCCUAAUAAUACUGCUGCCUAUAUGAAUAAAGGUUUAUCUUUAAUUUGUAUUUUUAUUUGAUAGGCAAUUCAUUAAAUAGUUUAUAACAGUACAAAGAUGCAAUUAUUUGCUUUGAUAAAGCGCUCCAAUUAAAUCUAAUUAUGCAUUAGCAUAGAUAAAUAAAGGUCUAUCUUAUAUUUCUAUUAAUAGGGAAUUCGUUAAAUAAUUUAUAAAUAUACUAGGAUGCAAUUAUUUGCUAUGACAAAGCACUAUAGUUGGAUCCUAAUUAUGCCGCAGUCUAUAUGAAUAAAGGUUAAUCUUUAAUUUCUAUUUAAUAGGGUAUUCAUUACAGCAUAUAGAUUUUAUUGAUUUCAAUAUAGAAAAUUUCUAAGAAUACAAGCUGCAAUUACUUGUUAUGAUAAUGCAAUAAAAUUAGAUCCUAAUAAUAUAUCAAACUAUUAGAUCAAAGGUAAUUUUAAAUAUAAUUAAAAGGUGAUUUGUUAACUUGAAUGA